AUGCUGUGCUGCGUCUCGAGAAAAUCAGUCGAGGGAUCGGGAUUCAAAAGAUCGCCCUUGAAUCCUCUACGCGGUGUUUCCUUGACCGACUCUACCGAUAAACCGGCAAUUACCACUUUGUCCUCGAUUACCACUGCUGAUUCCAAAUGUUUACCUUUAUGUGUAGUUUCGGAUUUUUGUGCGCCGAAUAGUCUCGCGGAAAAAGAUGAGCCGCCAGUUUUGCUGCCGUGUGCGAUAUGCGGACGGACAUUCAAGCCCCAGUCGUUGGAGAAACACACGAGAAUUUGUGAGCGAUCAGCAACGAAGAAACGAAAGCCUUUCGAUUCAUCGAAACAGCGUAUACAGGGCACGGAAUUGGAGGAGUUUCUCCCCAAGCAAAUUAAGAAACGAAAUUACGAGGAGAGGAGUCUCACUAGUAAUUCUUGGAAGCAGACGCACGACGAAUUCAUCAAAACAAUUAGAGCUGCACGCGGUGACUCAGUUGAAUCGACACCUGUACGCACGUUGGCUCCUAUCGUGGCACCAGGAGCACCAACUCGUGCCAACGAGAAAGGCACAUGUCCAACGUGCAGCCGUCAAUUCGGAAUAAAAGCGUACGAUCGUCAUGUUGCCUGGUGCAAAGACCGAGCCAUCAAGAUGCCAUCGAGUCCAGCUACAAAUAUGGCGAAAGAGCGUCUCGACGCUAGAAUGAAAUAUCGUGCACCAGCGCUGAAGAAUCGACGAAUGACAAAUCGUGACAAGUACUCACCAAAUUCGAAUUUCAAGAGCACACAGUUGUCGGUGAACCUGAAACCAAAGAAAAGUGUGUCGUUACCCAGCUGCAUAAAAUCUGUGGAUAAUCACAAUCCCAUAAACCUGAGACAAUCAGCGGUGUCGGGAAAAAAAAUGGGACAAGAGAGGAACGAUGGGCUCAUCCCUCCGGGGCCGGUGAAGUCCAGGCUAUCGGAUAGAUCCAACAAUAGGAAUUGCGAGGACGAGAAACGUCCAGCCUGGAGCAAUUACGUUCGCAGGCGUCCGGAUUUUAAUCUCAUACUCAAGGGUAGAACUGGUAUGAACUCCGAUUAUGAUCCUUUUCUCCUGGCGGAACGUCAAAUGCUGGAUCUUCUCUCGGACACCUGCAGCGAUCAGUCAUUUCCAGAUUCACCAACAAAUCACCACAAAUCCACCCCUCCCUAUCCCCCAUCCCGUUCAUCAGCAUUUGCCAAAUAUCCAAAUUUGAUAAGUUUAGAUAGUCGUAAACCAGACAAACGAGGUUCUCUCAUAGCUCCACCCACGGAAUUCGAUGAUUUGUCCACUGGUUUUUCAUCCGAUUCCACAGAAACGAAUUCCAUAUCUCGCGAGGUCUUUGUCGAUCGAAAUCACACCAAUAAAAAUAACAAUAACAAUAAGAAAAAUCACCAGCCGAUAUUGGGGAGACGAAUAAUAAUCGAUAAAUCGAAAGCUCUCGGUCAGGUGGGUGAUGUCUUUGGUGAGGCCAUUGAUACAAAAAUCAAGGAGACAAAUUCAAAAAGAAACAAUGAAAAAUUGUCACCGACGAUCCUCAAGCCCCAGAUCAAUCGGUCUAAUUCCGUCAGAGCGACAUCAGCACCGAAAAUACCUGAGCGAAAUAAUUCGUCUUCAUUGUCCACCAGUAAAACAAACACUCGAUCGAACUCAGGAUCGGGAUUACCGAGCAGAAACAAUAAUUAUUCUAAUCUGAGUGGAAGUAAUUUGAGUUUGAGUUCUAUUAUUUCUUCUGAGAUCGAUGUCAAACAUUCGAAUUCCGUAUUUGAGGACCUUGUUAGUUCGUUUGAGGAUGAUGUAUCGGGUUCAUUUCCUUCCUUGAGAUCCUUACUCAAAAAUGAUUCCUUCUCCAGUCCAAUUCAGCCCUGUCGAGGUGGCCAUCUGAGUGACGAGGAUCUGUCAUCACCAGACAGUUAUCACAAGAAGGAUCACAGCAAACUCAGUGCAGACUCUGCUUACAGCAGUUUGAAUCGAAAAUAUUCUAAUGGAUGCAGCACCACGGACGUUCCCACAAAACUAAAUGACCAGACGCCACUUCGUCAUCGAGAUCAUGAGCUGUCAUCGUCCCUGAAAUCAAAAAUGUCGAAGUUCUGUCACGAAUGCGGCACGAAAUUUCCGCAGACAGCCAAGUUCUGCUGUGAGUGUGGGGUCCAGAGGCUGGCGAUCUAGGACAGCAGUCAUCAGAGAGGGGACGACACAUUGAUUUUUUAUGAUUUGAGAAAUUAUAACUUCCGUUUUGUAAUAAUUUAUGUUGACUGAGGAGUUAUUUAAUAUGCUUUUAUCCGAUGAAUGAGCGUUGAAGGAUCAGUUCUGCUCAUUUAUCGUACUGUCUAAUUUGUUAUACUGAUGUCUUUAAUGACUGCCAUGUAGAGUAUUAGAAAGGAAAAAUGUGUGAUUUUUAUAUGCAAUUUUGUACAAUCUGGUGAAUGGUGAACCUUGAGAAGAGAAUAAUAAAGUUGGAAACUUGUACGCCGAGAGAAAAAUAUUGUAAACUGACAGGAUCGAAUGUUAAUAGCUAUUUGCAUAAUCGAAAAACCCAGCAUUCAACAGCAUAUUCUCCGCAGAAUCUACGAAAGUUUUUUCUCAGUGUAUCUAUUUACCAUAAUUACGCCCAGCGGCUAAUGAGUAUUAAUAAAAUUAACGUCACUCCAUCGAGAAAGUGAAAUAAAUGAUAAACCGAAUGAAAUAGAAAAUUUAUCUUUUGAAUCUAGUGGCCAUAAAAAUGAUAAAUAUUUUCUAAAAACCACAGGCAAAAACCCCAGAAUCAUUUAGCCAUUAAGAAUUGAUAUACCAAGCAAUCACUAAUGAAUGCGUAGUUAGAAAAUUAGAGGAAUGAUAUUCUCUGUACUCGAAACUGUAUUUUUGCAAGUGCAAUGAAUCUA